AUGCGCCGAGCUGCUGUUUUCGCCCUUCGUACGGCUCGACAAUCUGCCUUUCGGAAGCUGCUCUCUUCGAAGUCGUCCUUGGCCGCCCCGAACCAUGUCAUAACUGCACAAGCCUCCCUUGUUACUCGAAGGUACAGCACGUCGCGGCAGCCGUUGCAGGCUUCUAUGCGUCUACCAAAGCUGCCGCUCGCAUUCGUGGGAACGUUAGGCGCCAUUGGGGCAUGGUACGCGUAUAGGGGUGAUGGUCCACAGCAGCUUCUGCGAAAUCCAGCUGCACCCAUCUCAGCACAGCCGACAAGAAGUCUGAGUACAACCCCAGACUUCGCUCAUCCCGUUUCAGAUCCUACGAGUCCCGCACCGGUUGUGGCAGGGCAAGAAUCGAACCGGAAAGCAUUGGUGGUUGAUAACGACCAGUUUUUCACUGGGUCGAUUGUUGGGGAAGGUCCGCUGGCUAAGGAUACCGAUGAUUACGGCAGAAAGGUUCUUGAGAUGGUGACACCAGAACAAGCCACAGAGAGACUACGCAAGAACGAACAGUCGUUUCUCGUCGGGCGAGGGCGUGGCGUGGUCAGGUAUGAUGUUGUCCAGUUACCCAGCAACGAUCCGAUUGAGGAUGAUCAUGCCGAAAAGAUCGUUGAGGUUCCCAACACCGUUGCUGCAACAGACGGGGCCCCAUCUUCGGAUUGGAUGUUCUGGGGGAUCUUUGAUGGACAUUCGGGAUGGACAACUUCCGCCAAACUGCGUCAAGUUCUGAUCUCCUUUGUUGCGCGAGAACUCAACGGCACCUACAAGGCAGCUUUAUCAGACGCGAAGUCACCAUUCCCGUCCCCUGCAGCGAUCAGCCAGGCCCUUAAGUCAGCCUUUGUCAAGUUGGACAACGAGAUUUGUCUGGACAGCGUAAGCAAGCUGAGCAAAAAUCCCAGCAAACGGCUUGCUGCAGAACUACUCGCUCCGGCGCUUUCAGGCUCAUGCGCGUUGCUUUCCUUCUACGACUCGCAAAGCAAGACCAUAAGUGUGGCUUGCACGGGCGACAGUAGAGCAGUGCUAGGACGAAGGAACAUGCAGACCGGGAAGUGGUUUGCCACGCCAUUGUCGGAAGACCAGACCGGCUCAAACCCGAAUGAAGCGGCCCGCGUCCGAGCAGAGCACCCAGGAGAAGAGUAUGCUAUCCGUGGUGGCCGUGUGUUGGGCAAUCUAGAACCGACGCGCGCAUUUGGCGACGCCUUUUACAAAUGGUCCCGUGACACGCAAGACCGGAUAAAGAAACAUUUCUUCGGACGCACACCACAUCCGUUGCUCAAGACCCCGCCCUACGUUACCGCCGAACCCGUUGUGACGAGCACAUCGAUCGAGCCCUCCAAGGGCGACUUCUUGAUCCUGGCUUCCGAUGGGUUGUGGGAGAUGCUCACGAACGAAGAAGCUGUCGGACUUGUCGGCCAAUGGAUUGAACAGCAGAAUAAACAUGCCACUAGUUCCUCAAAUUCGAGUACCGCAUGGCUCACAUCCUGGUUCAAGUCCUCCACACCAACCGCGCUCCCUGUGGAGAAAGGUGGAAAUAUGGACAAGACCGGGCGCAUCAACAACGAUAAAGACGGGGGAAAGCCGAUUCGACAACAGCAGUGGGAUGUCCAGGCGGAAAAGAUCGACCGAUUCGUCGUCGAGGAUAAGAACGCCGCGACGCACCUAGUCCGCAACGCCCUUGGUGGGAAGGAUAGGGAUAUGCUGUGUGCGCUACUCACGUUGCCGAGUCCAUACAGCAGACGCUACAGAGAUGACCUUACAGUUGAGGUGAUAUUUUUCGGCGAGGGAGAGAACACCGGCGCCGUUGUCAUUAACAGUGAAGCAACCGCGCAAAACGCAAACGUGGCGGCAGACCAGACCUUGAAGGCCAAGUUGUGA